UAAACCCUAAUGAGAACGGAAUAGCCGGUGAAACCCUUCCUAUCUCAACCCCGCCGAAAACACUACUCCUCACUUCUCCCGUUAAAUGGGCGCCGCCGCCUCCCCGGCUUCCCCACCCGGCCAACGAAGUCCUAAUCCGACCCACGAUGGUGAGGCCGUGGAGUCCUCCGCUUAGCCAUCGGGAGGAGCCCCCUUCCCCUCUCAACUUUGACGACCUUGAUUCGUUUCUCCCCGACUUCGACCCCGUCAAGGAGUGGCUCAUCGAUCCCGACCAAUUCUUCAUGUUGGGGGACGAAGCCAAGGUGCCCGACCCCACUGGCUUGGACCCGAACAAGGUCGAAUCCGCGGGUCCUCUCGAUACUGAUGAUUUUGCAACCAAAAGAUCCUAUCCUGGGGCAAAAGAAGAGAUCUUGUGCUCCUCGAUCGAUGAGAGGAUGCAAAAUGUGAGCUUGGUAGAAGCUUCUGAUGGAAACGCUAAUAAUGUUACGGUCUUGGAAGGAGCGGCAUCGGAGGCAACGGCUAAAAUUGACGCAGGCGAAGCUAAUGUGGCCAUGGUGAGCUCUGGUGCUGGUGGUAGUAAAGAAAGGGAUGUAGCUAAUGGAUGUACCGCAUUGACGAAGGCCAAUGGAGCCAAUGAAGCUCAUGCGGCUAGUGGUUUGGUCAAGGACGAAGAAAGUAGUGGAACGGAAUCGGAUGGGUCCGAAGCAGAGGACGAUGAUACAGACAGAAGUGACUCUUCUUCUUCUUCAAGCAGUGAAGAAGAAGAUGACGGCGACGACGACGACGAUGAAUCUGACAGUAAUUCUAACAGAGAAAGAGGCAUGGAUGCUGAGGGAGAGAUUGAAGAGGGUGAAAUUAGGGACACUGAUCGAGAGGAGAUGUUUAUAGGAAGUGAAGAGGAAGAAGAGGUCGUGAAAGGGCCCAUCAAGUCAAAAAAUGAAGUUGAGAAUCUUCCACCAGUUCCUAAAAUUGAAGUUCUUUUGGAACCACACCAUCAGACAUUGCCUGUUGGAGUAAUUUCAGCUAUGUUGGAUAACAAAGUUAUUGUUGAGGGUUCAGAGAAGCACAACCCUCUGAAUGAGGGUUCCAUUCUUUGGAUAACAGAAAUGAGAUUGCCUUUAGGUUUUGUUGAUGAAAUAUUUGGACCAGUAAAAAAUCCCUUCUAUGUUGUGAGAUAUAAUUCCGACAUGGAAGUACCUGCUGGGAUCAGUGUGGGUACUGCUGUAUCUUUUGUCGUGGAGUUUGCCACUUGCAUCAUCAACCAUAAGGAGCUUUGUAGGAAAGCAUAUGAUGCAUCAGGUGAAAAUGACGAAGAGCUCAAUGAAGAAGUGGAAUUCUCUGAUGAUGAGAAGGAAACCGAGUAUAAGAAAUCUCUUCGCCUGUCAAAGAGGGAGAAUAAUGAUAGGCGAAAAGGAAAUCAAGAAUCAUUUGUUAAUAAAAGAAAAUUCAGAGGUGCUAGUAUACACAAGGAUAUCCCCCCUGCAUUUGAUCAUGUACCAGAUGUUGUGGACCGACCUUUGACCAGUGUUGCAGGUCCUGUUCAGCCACCUGUAAUAGCUGGUAAUCUUGGUUGCAGUGACUAUGGUUCUUUUGGAGCUGGAAAUACAUGUGUUAGUUCUCCUUCCACAAUACCAGUGAUUCCACUGGCAGCACAAAUGAGUAGCUCAUUGGGUCUUCUUCCACAGCAGUUGCAGCAGCAACUUAAUGCACUUUGGCUAAAUGGAUUGCCACAUCAGCAGCAACAACAUAUAGGCUUACAAGGAGGAUUUCCAGUUAAUAUGCUUCCAGGCCAGCAGCUGGUGAAUCAAGCUUACAAUCAGCUGCAUCAAAACCAGUUCUUUAAUAGUUUCCCAACUGGAAUGCCAUUUCAACAGCAGUUCGUUCCUAGUAUUCAAGCCCCUGCUAACAUACCUUGGCUUGGUGGGCUAAUGAGGCCUUCUAUGGCAGCACCUCCUGGGUCAAUGUGGAGUGGUGAUUUGGGACAAGAAACAUCUGGAAAUAUGCAAAUACAGGGUGCCCCAAUUUCUAGCAAUGAGCAUAACUUUGGGCGGCCGCCACUAGCUAAUGCACCAAGAACGCAACGUCCUCCUAGGAAUCUUGGUCGAGGGAGGACAUCUUUUCGUGGUAAAAAGCCUCAUCAUAGAGGAGGUUAUCAUUCUUACGGUAGGGGUAGUUAAUUGCCCAACAGGUAAAAGAAUGCUCUGUUUUAGUUUCUUUAUAUUUGUUUCAAUGAGAAUUUGAGUUGUUUCUUAUGUGGAUCUGUUCUAGUGUGCUUAUAAUCCAUAUCCUCUAGUUGUUCA